AUGCCGUCCCCAAAUCAGUCGCAUAUAUCGACGAUUCUUGCUGAAUUAGGAUGGAAUGAAGCCCAUGCCAUUCCCGUUGCAAAUGAAGAAAACCAAAAACUUAUUACAAAGCUUGAUGAAUUACAAAACUUGUUAUUUCAACGUACUAAUCAAUUAGAUAUUGAACAUUGUAAAGUUGAACAACUAAGAAAUUAUAUGAAAAAUGUACAACAAGAAAUACAAUCUACAAGUCAAUUAUGUAAUAUACGUAAUAAAGAAAUUAAUGAAGUAUUACAUCAUAUUAAAUUAAUUGAAUGUGAAUAUGAACAUUUAAUAAAAGAGAAUACAAAGAUUACCAAAUUAUAUAAUGAUAUUAUUGAAAAGAAAAGUUAUUUAGAGACUUUAUUUAAUCAAAAAAGGAAAGAAUUAGAAAAUUCUUCAGUGAAUAUUGAUUCAGAUAAAAAUUUUUUGGAAAAUCUUAUGAAAACAAUUGGUGAACAUGAUGAAGAUAUGAAAAUUAUUGAAAAAUAUAUUAAACAAGAUAAUACAAAGAUUAAAGAACUUGAUUUAGAACUAGAGAAAUUAACAAAUACUCGAAAUGAAUUAAAAUCUAAAUUAGAUACAACUUAUACAAAUACAUUAGUUGAUCAAGUCAAAUUUGAUAAUAUAACUAAAGAAGUUAAAGAAGCAUAUAAUCAAAGAGAUGGUUUAAUUAAACAAUGGGAAAAUGUAAUUAAUCAAAUGAGACAACGUGAUAUUCAAUUGGAUCACUUUUCACAGCGCCUUAAUCAAAUGAAAACACAAAUAUGUGAACAAAAACAAUUAAAUAAAGAGAAAUUAAAUUUUCUUCAUUUACAAAUGGAUAAUAAUUCUGAAGUUCAACAACAUUUAAAUGAAAUAAUUAAAGAUAUAACACAAUAUAAAGAAGAUUUAAUGAAUGCUGAAAUGAAAAGACAAGAUUUUCAUAGUGAGUUUGAAGCAUUAAAACGUACUGUGGAUAAAACUGUACUUGAUUUAGAAGCAGCUAGAGUAUUGAGUUCACAAUUAAAAAAAGAAAAAGAAAAGAAAUUACAAAAUCUUGAUAAACUACAAGAAUCUAUUGAACAUUCAAUGAAACAAUUAUCUUACGUGACAGAAUGUAAAUUAACCGCUGAACAAUAUGCUAAUGAAAUGGAUAAACAAUUAAUAUCAUAUGAAUUAAAUUAUGAAUUAUUAUGUAAACAAUUAAACAAAUUACGUAAUGAUAAAUUUAAAAUGAAUCAGAAAUAUGAUGAACUUAUCAAUGAAGAGAAAUUAUUAAAACAAACAAUUUUAGGCAAUGAAACAACUAAAAAAAAUUUAAUUAUAAAAAUUGAAUUAUUAGAUGGUCAAUUAUUAAAACAACAAGAAGUUUUAUAUCGUCAGGAUUUUACAAUACAAAAUUUAGAAAGACGUAUUAAUAAAAUGACUGGUGAACAAAAUAUUGAACAAUAUGAUUUAAUUAAAAAUAAAAUUAAUGAAUUAACUAAUGAAUUCAAUGAACGAAUGAAUAUUUUCAAUUUAUUAACAAAUCAAUUAAAAAAUUUAAAUAGAGAACUUUAUCGUAUAAAACAUGAACAUGAAAAUUUAACAAAUAAAAAUAUACUACUUAAAAAUCAAUUAGAUAAUAAUGAAUUACAAAUGGAAAUUAUGUUAAAAGAAAAAGAUAAAGAAUCAUCUAAUUUAAAAAAACUUCUAGUAGAAAAAAAUUUAAAAAAAUUAGAAUUUAAUAAAUUAACAAAAAUAUAUGAACAAUAUACAAAUAAGAGAUAUGAUUUACAAAAGACCAGUUAUGAAUUAAAUUCAACUAUAAAAGAACGUACAGAACAAAUUAAUUUACAUCAAACAAUGUUAAAUAAACAAAUCAAAAUUUAUACUACUGAAAAUAGUCAAUUAAAUAUUGAAAUUCAAGAACGGAAAUCAAAAGUGGAUAAAUUAAUUAAACGUUAUGAAAUAAUCACUGCAUUAAUGGCACCACCAGAAGGUGAAGAAACAAGAAAUCAAGCAUAUUACAUCAUAAGAGCUGCUCAAGAUAAAGAAUUAUUACAACGUAAAGGUGAUACAUUAGAUAAUGAAAUCCAUAUAUUAGAACAAGAAAUUAUAGCCCUUGAAAAUACAUUAGCAUUAAUGAAUGGUUGUAAUACAGUAUAUCGUAUGAGUUAUACACAGCUACCGAAUGAUUCAGAAGAGAUCAGACAACAAACAGAAUUAAAUGAACAAAUAAGGAUGUUAAAUAUAAAGUCACGUUAUGAUCAAUCUCGUUUAAAAGAACUACAGGAUUUAUACAAUACAAUGCAAGAAUCAUCAACUCGUUUAGAUAACGAUUUAGAAUUAUAUAAAGAUCAAACAAAACGUUUAGAAUUGGAAUUAGAGCAUAGAAUGAAUGAAAUUGAAAAACAAAAUACACGUUUAAAACGGGCAUCAGAAAGAAUGGAAAAAGCUAAACGUCUUGUCAAAAAAGAUGAACAAGAGAAUAUGGGACCAGAUAUUGAGGCUCGAUUAACUAAAGAAUUAGUAACAUAUGCAACUAAUGAACUAUUAAAUCGUCUUAAAGGUGAUAUAACAAUAUAUGAACAAGCUCGUGUAAUGUUAUCUACUUCUGGUAUCCCAAUCAACAAUCUAAUGAUUGGUGGAACACAAAAACGACGUACUGGUAAUUUAAGUUCAUCAACAAAAUCUUUCACAAGUAGUCAUAGAACAACACCUACACCAAUUGAUUCUAAUCUAACAUCUCCAGAUAGUUCCAAAUGUUCAUCAAAAUUAUGUUCACCACGAAAUGAUUCAAUAGGUGAUAGUAAUGAUGGUAAUGUACAGAAUUCAUCAAGAACCAGUGGAAGAAACUCUGUAAAUGAUAUACGAUUUACUACUAUACAAUCCAAAAAAUUAUUAAGACCAAUUAGUACUACUUCCAUUGAUUUAUUACAACAAACUCAAUUACCUAAUACAUCAAUAACAAAAUCAUCUAAACAAUCUAAUGAUCAAAUAACCAAAACUAAAUUAUCAUCGGAUAAGUAA